AAAUAAUAAUAAUUUCAAUGGCUUUACAAGACCUUUGCAAUUUCCAGGACAUCUGUCUGGAUGAUGUAACCACAGAAAGUUCUUCAGUGCCUUUUAAAAAAACGGGAUGUAACUAUGUGAGAGCUUUGCCCUUUAGAAAUAGCACAAGUCUGUUUAAUUUUUAUGUACCUGUAGCAGAGUACCUUGAUGAAAGUCCGAUACAGUUUGGACAAAUCAGCACCAUCCAGAGCUCCAGCGCUCUCUCAUUUGGGGACUCCUUCCUGCCAUGCCUCUCUUUACCCAUAAGUCCUCCUCACGCUUCCUCCCAGCCUGUCCCUCUACCUUUUCCCCUUUCUCAUGGAACCACCACCCUGGCUUUCAUGUUUCAGGGCGGCGUGUUGGCUGCAGCGGACACUCGCUCCAGUUGCUCCGGACUUGUGGCAUGCCCAGCCUCCCAGAAGAUCCUGCCCAUUCACAGUCACCUGGUGGGCACCACCUCGGGUACCUCAGCCGACUGCGCCCUCUGGAAACGGAUUCUGUCUCGAGAACUGCGGCUUUACCAGCUCCGCCACGGCCGAAGGUUGUCCACAAGUGGAGCCGCCAAACUGCUUUCACACAUGCUUCACCCGUUUAAAGGCACUGAGCUGUGUGUGGCUGCCACCUUGUGCGGGUGGGAUGGAGGAGAGGUAGAUGGAGGCCGUGACGAUGGAGGAACAAAGUCUGAUCCUGGUGGUUGCACAGAAACAACAAAGAAACUGGGGAAAUCCACUAGUGUUGAAAAGGUUCCUCUGACAAAGCCAAAGACUCAGAGCUCUGCCUCAACUCUUGGUCAACAGCGAUCCACCAGGAAGAGAAUCAGUCCGUGUGGACCCAGCCUGUUUUAUGUGUGCAGUGACGGCACCCGCCUGCAGGGGACGCUCUUCUCCGUGGGCUCGGGAUCCCCUUAUGCUUACUCAAUUUUGGACCAAGGAGUUAAAUGGGAACUGACAGUGGAUGAGGCCACAUCAAUAGCCAGAGAGGCAGUGUACAGAGCCACACGCAGGGACGCAUACUCAGGAAACCAUGUGGACGUCUAUCACGUCUCCUCAAAGGGAUGGACUCGCAGGAACAGAGAGGAUCUGAAGGAGGAAUAUUACAGAGAGAAGGAAAGACAAGAGAGGAGGAUGAGACAGGACGUGACUUAGACUGAGUAAAGACAUGAAACAAACAGAAAUGGCAUGAGAAAAGAAAGGCAAACAUCAGGGAGUAUUUUGAAGAGACGUGAUGGCAUCUUUGCAGCAGAUACUAAAUUAAUGAACAGGACAGGCAGUUGCAUCCUCCAGGCUAUUUCUCAAAUGAUUUGGGCAUGCAUCUCGUUCCCUCUAAUAAACAGCUGAUGUUUUGUUUGUGCUGAUGAUAAAAUGUAUUCUAACAACGCGCUUCUGGCUGGCAUUUUGAUUUAGACGUCAAAAACCUUAUGAAUCAUUUCCAGUAUAAUAGACAGUGUCUAGCUGGUCC